UCCUACUCUCUUCACUACUACUCCACUGCCUCCAAAAUUCAAAGACACAAAAGAGAUGUCAUCCUCAUCUUCUAGCCAUUUUGUCACAUCUUUUCUCGUAGCACUUUUUAUUAGUUGCUACAUAUUCUCUUCAACCUCAGCGGUUAGAGACCUUGCACAAAAAACCAACAAUGAAUUCGUGAAAACAUCUUGCAGUGCAACAACCUACCCAAAGCUUUGCCUUACAUCUCUUUCAAGCCAUGCAAGUGCAAUCCAAACAAGCCCUAAACUUAUGGCCAGCACAGCCCUCACCGUGACGCUUGCCUCCGCCAAAUCAACCUCUACCGUGAUGUCAAAGCUCUCCCAACGUCAUGGCAUGAAGCCUAGAGAAGUUGGAGCCAUGAGGGACUGCAUCGAAGAGUUAAGUGAUUCAGUCGAUGUGAUUCAGAGGUCCAUAGCUGAGAUGGGCAACUUUAGGAGCUCGGAAUUUCAGCUCAUGAUAAGUGAUGUGCAAACUUGGGUUAGUGCUGCUUUGACGGAUGAGACAACAUGCUCCGAUGGGUUUGGUGGAAAUGGUAUGAACAGUAAUUUGAAGACUGUUGUGAGGGGCAGAGUUGUGAAUAUUGCACAAUUGACUAGCAAUGCCUUGGCUUUGAUCAACAGAUACGCCUCAGUUCAUGGUUAAACCAGUCAACUAGUCUAUUGUACUUGGAUUAUUUUUUAAAGAAGUAUAUACUGUAUGAUAAGAUAAGUUGCUACAUUCGGUUUGUACGUGUGUUUGUUACUUAUUUUUUUAUUUGAGUGAAUAUACGUAUCUCUACAAGUGCAGAGAAAUUUGUCUUGUAUUGUAUAAAUAAAUUUAUGGAUUCAAUUUUUAUUA